GACCUUUCAAAAUUCAAAACUAGUCCCCUCUCUCUCUCUCUCUCUCUCUCUCUCUCUCUCUUUCUCUCUCUCUCUCUCUAUUCCAUUCAAAAACAGGGGAAAAAAAAUUAUAUUUCUCCAUCUGCUUCAGGGUUAUAUUUCGCGAAUUGAAUCAUUUAAAGCGAGAUGGACAAUGCAGAGUGUGUGAGAGUUGCCGUUAACAUUCGGCCUCUGAUUACCUCCGAGCUUCUCAUUGGUUGUACAGAUUGCAUCACUGUUGUACCAGGGGAGCCUCAGGUUCAAAUUGGAUCCCACGCUUUUACUUAUGAUUAUGUCUAUGGAGGCACGGGAUCAUCGUCCUCUUCAAUAUAUGAUGAUUGUGUUGCUCCACUGGUGGAUGCACUCUUUCUUGGUUAUAAUGCCACAGUUCUUGCCUACGGCCAGACGGGAUCAGGAAAAACAUAUACCAUGGGAACAAAUUACACCGGUGAAGGUAAUAAUGAUGGAAUUAUCCCUAAAGUAAUGGAAAACAUAUUCCAAAGAGUUGAGAUGAUUAAAGAUUCCACAGAGUUUUUGAUUAGAGUAUCAUUUAUUGAGAUAUUCAAGGAAGAGGUUUUUGAUUUGCUUGACCCAAAUUCAGCCCUUCUCUCAAAAGGAGAAGGGGCAAAUGCAGUGAAACCAGCAGUGCCUACAAGGGUUCCAAUUCAAAUUAGAGAAACAGUGAAUGGAGGGAUAACCCUUGCAGGAGUGACUGAAGCAGAAGUUAGAACCAAGGAAGAGAUGGCAUCAUAUUUAUCACGUGGUUCAUUGUCUCGUGCCACUGGGAGUACUAAUAUGAAUAGUCAAUCGAGUCGUUCGCAUGCUAUUUUUACUAUUACAAUGGAGCAAAAGAAAAUUGCUCAUUCAAAUGAAGUAAAUAAUGAUGAAUUUGGAGAUGACAUCUUAUCUGCGAAACUGCAUUUGGUAGACCUUGCUGGUUCUGAGCGAGCAAAGCGAACGGGUGCAGAUGGGAUGCGUUUCAAAGAAGGCAUUCAUAUCAAUAAGGGCUUAUUAGCUCUUGGCAAUGUAAUUAGUGCCUUGGGAGAUGAGAAGAAACGAAAAGAAGGAGGCCAUGUUCCUUAUCGUGACAGCAAGCUGACUCGUUUGUUGCAAGAUUCUUUGGGAGGAAACAGCAAAACAGUGAUGAUUGCAUGUGUUAGUCCUGCUGACACAAACGCUGAAGAAACGUUGAACACAUUAAAAUAUGCAAAUCGUGCCCGCAACAUUCAAAAUAAAGCAAUAGUGAACCGAGAUCCAUUGGCAGCUCAAAUUCAAAGAAUGAGGAGCCAAAUUGAUCAGUUGCAGGCUGAAUUGGUGUUCUAUCGUGGUGAUGCAAGUGCUCCAUUUGAUGAACUUCAGAUUCUUAAACAUAAAGUAUCCUUGCUUGAAGCAAGCAAUGCAGAAUUGCAACGAGAGCUUCAAGCUCGUAGAAUCACUUGUGAGCACUUGACACAAAAUGCUGUUGAUGCUCAGGUUGAAAAAGACAAAUUGCUAAUGCAAAUUGAAUUAGCUCGUAAUGGUAAAUCUUGGGAUGAGAUUGAAUCCAAUUCAAAUCAGGAUUUUGAUUUGAUGAAAACUUAUGUUUCAAAAAUUCAAGAAUUAGAAGGGGAGUUAUUGCGCUUGAAAAACUUGUCUAACUCUAAGCAUAGUCGAUUUGUUGAUUGUGUUGACUCGGAUGAUGAUGGUUUUCAUUGUAAAAAUGCUUCCAUUCCAUCACUAAAUGGGCUUUCCUCCAACUCUGAUUCAAAAACCGUGGACAUUUCGGAAGAGGUUGAAGAUGAGGAAAAGGAGCUUGAACAUUCCUCUCUUCAAGAAAAACUGGACAGGGAGCUAAAAGAACUGGAUAAAAAGCUUGAACAAAAGGAGGCUGAAAUGAAGAGUUUUACAAGUGUUGAUACUUCUGUUCUUAAACAACAUUAUGAGAGGAAAGUUCAUGAAUUAGAACAAGAAAAGAGGGCUUUACAGAAAGAGAUUGAGGAUUUGAGAUACAAUCUUGCAAAUAUCUCUUCUACUUCAGAUGAUGGUGCUCAAAAAUUGAAAGAAGAUUAUCUGCAAAAGUUGACUUUCCUCGAGGCACAGGUUGCAGAGUUAAAAAAGAAACAAGAUGCUCAGGCUCAAUUAUUGAGACAAAAACAAAAAAGUGAUGAAGCAGCAAAACGACUUAAUGAUGAAAUUCAGAGAAUCAAGACUCAGAAGGUUCAAUUACAACAAAAGAUCAAGCAAGAGUCUGAGCAGUUUAGGUUAUGGAAGGCAUCACGUGAAAAAGAAGUUCUUCAGCUAAAGAAAGAGGGAAGGAGGAAUGAGUAUGAGAUGCACAAGCUGUUAGCUUUGAAUCAGAGACAGAAAAUGGUCCUGCAAAGAAAGACAGAAGAAGCCUCUAUGGCCACUAAGAGGCUAAAGGAACUUCUAGAAUCUAGAAAGGCUUCCUCACGUGAAACAUAUAGUGCUGGAAAUGGCAAUGGUCUUGGAAUUCAGGCUAUGAUGCAAUCAAUUGAGCAUGAGCUUGAAGUCACAGUGCGAGUACAUGAAGUGCGUUCUGAGUACGAGCGUCAAAUGGAAGAGAGGGCAAGAAUGGCCAAGGAGGUAGCAAAAUUGAAAGAGGAAGCACAAUUACUCAAACUUACUAAUUUAAGUGAUAGCCCAUCGGCAAUGUCACCUGGUGCAAGAAAUUCCCGGAUUUUUGCGUUGGAAAACAUGCUUGCUACUUCUUCAAGCUCCCUGGUUUCCAUGGCAUCACAAUUGUCAGAAGCUGAAGAGCGUGAACGGAGCUUUAGUGGCAAGGGUCGUUGGAACCAAGUUAGAUCUCUAGCUGAUGCUAAAAAUGUGAUGAAUUAUCUGUUCAAUUUAGCAUCAUCCUCUAGGUGCCAAUUGCGGGAUAAAGAAGUUGAAUGCAGAGAUAAGGACAGUAAAAUAAUAGAUCUAAAGGAAAAAAUAGUGAAACUAAAUAGUUUGGCUAGGCAUCUGGAAAUGCAGAAGGCAGAACUGAUUCAUCAGGUGAAGUCACAGAAUUCAGCAUUGAAGAAAUAUUCCUUGAGAGGCCAAAUGGAUUCGGCAGAAAUAGACCUCAGCAGAGCACACAAAUAUGAAUUGCGCAAGCAGGCACAUAGAAGCUCCGUUAUUUUAUUGGAGGAUAUGGAUACAUCUGAAUCAGAACAUUCAGAUGUAGACAAUGCAGAUGAUGAAUGGGUGCAGUCAGAUGUGGAUAUGGCAGAUGAUGAAUCUGCAAGGCCGAUGAAACGGCGGGCUAGGAACAGAAUUUCCAAGAGUGGAGACAAUCAAAAUGUGGGAGAUAACAAUGAUCCAGAAAACUCCAAAUUGGAUUCUUCUGGUGAGGGAUUCAAUGUUGCUAUGGAAAAAACUACAUCUUGGGUAUGUUGCACCUGUAGUAAGUAUUCUUCAUGCAAGACAAUAAAGUGUCAAUGCCGAGCUGCUAAGGGCAAUUGUGGCGCAUCCUGCGGUUGUAUCGCAAGCAAAUGCUCCAAUAGAGAUGGUACAGUGUUCAAGUCUGAUGAUUUGGCACAAGCAGAGAUGUCUGAAUGUGAUGGAACUGGUUCAGGCUCUGAUGAAAUUGAGAAGAAUCGUGAUCUUGCUUCUCAUGGUGCAAUGCUGCUUCAGAGUGCAUUGAUUGAGAAGCCUGCUGAGACAAAUGAUGAUGGUGUGGUCAGAAGGAAGCCUUUGUCAGACAUAGGGAAUACGGUGGCCAAUUCUAAUGCUCCAAAGCCUGCCCAGAGAAAGAAAUGGCGCAAAUCAGUAAUUCAGCUUGUUCCUACUGCUCCCUCCACACAAUCAGGAAAAGCAGAAGCCCCUCAAAAGGUAGAUAAUAGUACAGGUGAAUCAGACAUGUGUCUGCCUUCCAAGUUACCCAGAGCUAUGCUCUCUGAUGCAUCUAACAAUGCAAAGCCAGAUAAUAAUAACAGUGCAACGGAGGCAGAUGUGCUUCUGAAGUUACCAAGGGCUAUGCGAUUGGCUACAUCACAUAGCAACUCCCUCUUGAGAGAAAGGAAUGCUGAUCAAUCAAAUGAACCAGUAAAUAAGGAAGCCAGUGUUCAUCCUUCAAGAAGUCCUGCCCGGCCGCCAAGAACAUCAGAGGAGAAAGAGAACUAUGGCCGCUGACUCUGAAAUCUAUUAUUUCCUCACCAUCAACAGUUCUUUACAGUUAAACCCACAAUUAAGUACUCUUGUUUCAGCGUAUUUGUUGGGGCACUAAAGUAUGAUUAACCCUUGAUUAUGUACUUUGAUCCUGUGUUAAUGAAAAAAAAAUGUAAUAUGGAUUUCUUUCUAGAAAUCCAAGACGGGUUUAGAUUAGGGUUUUUUUUCCCCUUCAUUCUUUACUACUCUCCCAUCACGUGGUUUAGACUCGUCAUUGGUGUUUUUGUACUCUAUUAUCAAUCGUACAUCAGAUUUAUUGCUUGGUACCGUUC